CCUUCGCUCGCAUUCGCUCCGGGCCGGGGCGGCGCGGGUCGCCGCCGAGUCCGCUGCGGCCUCGCGCCCUCUACUUCGCGGUAUCCCCAAGAUGAGGCCGGCUGUCGCCGCUCGCUUCCUCAGGUAGUAGACGGAUCGGUCUCCUGUCGAGGCGAGCUUCUGCGUGGAGACGCUGAUGCCGAUGCACAGCGCAACGGCCUCGGCGCUGAUGACAUCGUUGCUCUGCGUUUCGCGUAGAGGAUACGGGUGGCUUUCUGAAGAAGUACUGAUGUGCUGUAAUUAAAUCAGCUGGCAGUGAAGAUGCAUGAUGAUGUAUCCGGUGGACUCGAGCAAUGUUUUGGAUCAGACUCCUGUACUGCUUCGACAAUGAUACUUAGCUAUGCUAUUGAAGGAACUGGCUUAUGUAGUUUUGUGAUUUUUCUGCUAGAUGAACCAGAAAGGUUAUUUGUUCUUGCUUUUGCCCCAUUGUUUUGCUCAUGCUCCAUGAAAUGCUGAAGCUGUAUGGAACAUUUUUGAGGGACUGGAUGCCAACAAAACAUGGAAAAUAUAUGCUCUCAAGUUGUUAGCAUCUUAUUAGUUUGACAUACUCAGCUAAGAUCGUAGUUCUGUUUGUGUCAAACUUGUCUCCUCGUAAUGCCAAUAUUGUUUCAAUAACCUUAGAAGUUUGAAAAUGAUUUUGUAAGCAUUACAAAUGCUCUUUUAUUCUGUCAGAAAAUGGAUUCUCCAAGUAAACCUCAUGCAUCUUAUAAUUCUCACAGAGACAUCGGACUUUCUUCUCAAUUGUUUAGGUCAGUGACCUUUUAGCACAAAGAAGAGUCAAACAGAAGACUACUUGAUGCUCUUUUCCUUGCAUUUUCCUCCAUGGUAUCCAUUAACAACAACAUAAUUGUGAUAGAAGAUUGAUGAAAUUGUGUCCCAAAACAUGGUUCAUUGUGUUUCAUCGUUACUGUCUCGUAGAUCGAGUCAUGUCUUGCCAUAAUUGUGAUAGUAGCUGCCAUAGAUUUCUCACUGUCAAUAAUCGUUCUUGUUUGAUUUAGAAUGAUAUACAUAUCAGCUCAUUUCUCUUUAUAAUUACUCCUUUAGACAAUGCCAUGUCUAGUUAAGACGCAAAUAAAUGAUCAUUUGUUUGCUUGCUAUGCCUUGCAAUAGUUGUCCAUGGUUUUCCUAUCUUGAUCACUUAUGGGAAGAUCACUACCCUUUUGGGAUUUCUUUUCCUUGCAGUAAAUUUCCUCUGCACGGAUCUUCCUUAAGGCCCGUAUGUAUGUGUGAUCUCUGCCAAUGCCUGCUCCAUCAGCUGGAUAUAUGCUGUCUAUUGCAACUCAGGUGUUCGACGUAAUGCAGGAGUGUCGCAUCAUCACCUCCCGCGCCGCAGAUAUAUAUAUAUGUAUGUAUGUAUGUCUCGUGUUCCCCUUGUCUCUUCACGCCCAGCUGUUGUUGCAAGCUGUCUUCCUCUGCCCUUGUUCUGCGACCCUCGUCUCCCACCUCCAAAUCUUGCGCGCGCCUAACUCAAGCAAGUCACCGCCUGCUAAAAACAAAGAGAGAUGGCGAGGGAAUGGCCGAUAGAGGCUAUUUGUGGGCAGGUUAAGUGCUUUCCUCCGUGAAUCUCUCACUCCAGGCCAUGAUGCUGCAGCUGCACAUCUCCCGUACUUUCGGCAAACAUUUUUGGGUGUCCAAUCUGCUCACCUCAAUUUUAGCUUCCUGUGAGAUCCAUUUAUAUAUACACAGCUCAGGGAGGAGUAAUGGCACGGCUGCCUCGGCAUUUCCAUUACCAUGUCCAACAACUGGCCGUACUUUGCCCAUCACCAUGACCAUUCCUCCGCGUUGGCCCCUCACCAGCUGCCCCCGGCCGUUGGCCCGGGGGGCGCCGCCGCGCCCGCCUCCUGGGCGGACGAGUUCCUCGACUUCGCCGCCGCCAGGCGUGGCCACCGCCGCCGCUCCGCCAACGACUCCGUCUCCUUCAUCGGGGCCCCGCUCGCCGACGAGUGUCCCGGCUUCGAUCGCCUCGACGACGACCAGCUCCUGUCCAUGUUCUCUGACGAGGUGCCGCCGCCGUCUUCCUCCUCCGCCGGCGUCCCCGUGUCGUCCACGUCGACGCCGUUGGACCACGGCAGCAUCCACGAGGGCAAGCCGGCGGCUGGCCCUGAGGAGGCGCAGAGCGUGUGCAAGACGGAGGCGGAUGCAUCGGCCCUGGCGCCGCCGGCCGCGGGAUCCGAGCCAAUCUUAGACCCCAAGAGAGUGAAGAGGAUCUUGGCGAACAGGCAGUCGGCGCAGAGGUCACGAGUGCGCAAGCUUCAGUACAUCUCGGAGCUGGAGCGCAGCGUGACCACACUGCAGAACGAAGUGUCGGCGUUGUCUCCGCGCGUGGCUUUCCUGGAUCACCAGCGCUCCAUUCUCGCGAUGGACAACAGCCAUCUCAAGCAGCGGAUCGCAGUACUGGCGCAGGACAAGAUCUUCAAGGACGCACAUCAAGAGGCGUUGAAGAAAGAGGUUGAGAGACUAAAGCAAGUCUAUCACCAGCAAAAUGUAGAUGAAAUGGCUACUUCCACUUCGGAACCUGUUGGGCUCGCAGAGAAGGAAUUGAUAGACUGAGAAGGAACAACACUUGGAUCUGCAAAAGAUUUUUCAAGGUGGUAGUAAUGCAUCCUAUAACUUGUGUUCAUCUUUCUAAAGGAGAUGUCGAUAUCAAAUGUGAACAAGAAUUGGUCAAUGAGGUGUUGUGGACUAUGAGAGGGUUUGUUUGAAGGCUUUUGUAUUGUUGAGAGGGGUGUGGGUUUGUUCCAUUAAAUAUUGCAUAUAUCAAAUACCUCUGUAGGCAUAUAUCAAAUACCUCUGUAGAUUUGUUUAAGAUGUUAGGUUUUCUUUUUCCCAACAAA